CAGUUUACGAGAUGCACUGAACGCAUCAGAGCAGGGGUGGUCUUUGAAAAAGUUUUCAGGAAGCUGUUCUGACAAAACGAAACUGUCCCAACUUUCCGGCUCGUCUUUGUGUCGUUUGACAAGUACUUUUUGUGAUUUAAAAAAAAAAAAAAUGCAGGGCAGCGCUUACGGGGCCUCGUUGGCUGGCGGUGCUUUUGAUUUAGUCAAUUUUGUAAAACAGCCUCAAACCAUUUUGCGCUGCCUGAGCUGGUUAUUCUCCAUCGUGGUCUUUGCAACCAUCACAGCAGAAGGCUACUAUAACGAAACAACGGAAAGCAACAUUAAAUGCAUGUUCAAUAGCACCGACAGCGCCUGCAGCUAUGGGGUCGGAAUCGGAGUCCUGGCCUUCUUGGCUUGUGUUGUCUUCCUCAUACUGGACGCCUACUUCCCACAAAUCAGCAAUGCCAAAGAGAGAAAACUCAUUGUUAUAGGAGAUUUGGUCUUCUCAGCGACUUGGACGUUCCUAUGGUUUGUCUGCUUCUGUGUCCUGGCCAGCCAGUGGUCCAAAACCCAAGACCCCAAAGCCUCUCUCAAUGCGGACGCCGCCCGGGCCAUCGUGGCCUUCUCCUUCUUCUCGGUCAUCACCUGGGGUCUCUUGUCCUUCUAUGCGUAUGUAAGGUAUCGUCAAGGGGUCAGUGAGUUUGACCAGGAGUACAGAGACCCAGCCAAUGACCAAAGUACUCCCUACCCGCCGUCUCCGUACGCCAGCAGCAGCGGCCCCACAGGCUACCAGCAGUCUCCUUUCUCCCAGAACCAGGAGCAGCCGGGAGAGUACCAACCUCCAGCUUACUGAAGGACUGAGAUGCCAACGCAUGAAUCCCGCAGGAGAGUUUGCUUUUUAAAUAAACAUGUGUGCCAACGGUUUAAUUUACAACUCGGACUGUUCUCUGCACUCCCAUUUACUACCUGCGGGAUGUGUUUGCAUUAUUUUUGGGUGCACUGAUGUGUUUUUAAGUUCAUUUCAUUGUUGUGGCGCGUGUGGUGGAAAUUUGCUGUGUUGUUCAAAGUGCCACACGGAGCAGGUGAACUCUGAAUUAUUAUUGUUACUUUUUGAUAGGAAAUUGUCUUGGUAAGAGAGGGGAAGACCGUGCCAUUGUUGUCUUUGUACCAAACCGAUUAUUUCAGUGCCCCUUUUUGUUUAGCUGGAAGAGUGCAAGCUGUUAAUAUCAAAGCACUAAUCAACAAAGCGGUUAGGAUUUACUUUGUUGCCGGGGAAUCGGCUUUGCAUUUUUAAGAUGGACAAUAUAAAUUUUUUGUUUUAUGAAUAUGUUACUGUUUUGUACAUAUAGAUAUUUUCUUAUACAGCAGUUCAACAACAGCAAUUUGGUGAUAGAGUUCAUAAAAUAUAUUUUUCAGCACAAAACAAACUCAUAUUAUUUAAUCAAUGGGUGCAAUGAAAACUAACUGCUGUAAUGCCAGGUUUGUGUUCCUUUUCUUUAAAAUCAACCACUGAAAAAUGGCUUUCAUGCACUGAAAAUCACAGUUCAUUUCUUUGGGGCAGUUAAUUGCCAAUAUCUGAUCUAAGAUUGUUAAUUUUAAUGUUUAAAAUCCAAUUCUGCCACAUUUACUAUUUAGUAUUUAAAGGUGUUUUUGUUUGUAUUUUAAGGUAGCCAAACCAUUGAUUUGAAUCAGCUACCUCUGUAGAAGUUUAAUGUGCCUUUCUUGAGUUCACUUAGUUUAAAAAAAAAAAAUCCUAUUCAACAAAUGUUUCAGCCAUAAUUUGGUUUCAGGAAUUCAGUGAUGUUGUAGUAAAUUAAUCUAUUUAUUAUGUUACUUAAUCCUUUCAGUCUGGGUACAUGACAAUCAAACUGUAAAUUUUUCUACAUUACUUUUUCCCCUCUUGCUUUUCUUACACUGUAGUUGUACCUUUUCUAUGUGUUGCAAUUAUAUUGUCGUGCUUAAUCACUUUACAAUAGAUCCCCAUUAAAGUGCCUUUAUACAGAAUUCUGUAUCACACAGCGUUUGCCGAAUAAAAACUGUACUCGUUUUGAACCUCUGAGUCGGCUCAUAAUGUAUAUCCUCUUCUCAAGAAACACCCGGAUUCCGCUUAGGGCUUUGCUCCUUUGGCAAAUAUUUGAGUAGUGAUUGUGUCGGUGAAUGUGGAGGAACUUGUGAACUGUGGAGACGGCACCGCCACCAUGUAAAGACAAUAAUGUUGUAUGCAUACUUUGCAAUAAAACACCAAAAACAA